AUGAAAGCAAUAAAUGAGGAACUGAAGUCCAUUGAAGUCAACAAGACUUGGUCACUUAUCGAAUUGCCUCAAGGCAAGAAGGAGAUCAAUGUGAAAUGGGUAUACAAGGUGAAGUUGAAUUGCAAAGGAGAAGUAACUCGGCACAAGACAAGACUUAUGGCGAAAGAAUUUCUUCAGAAAGAAGGAAUUGAAUUUGACGAAGUUUUUUCACUUGUUGCUAGGAUCGAAAUAAUCAGGUUGAUGGUUGGUCUAACAAACAUGAAGAAAUGGAAUAUGUUUCAGAUGGACAUGAAAUGUGCAAUCCUAAAUGGCUCCUUAGACGAAGAAGUUUAUGUUGUACAACCAGCUGGAUUUGUGAAACAAGGUGAAGAAAGCAAGAUUUAUGCUGCCUUGUUGGGUAACAUUUUUCCUACAUUUGAAGUUGUCGAUGAAGCUGUUUAUGCUGUUGAAGCUCUAGACAUCCUGGCUGCCCCAAACAUCCCAUCCAUUGAGCAACCACCUUCCAUAGAGCUGAAACAACUCCCUGGAAAUAUGAAAUAUGCUUAUUUAAAGAAAAAUAAGCUUUUGCAGGUUUUGAGGAAGCAUAAAAAGGCGAUUGGGUGGACAUUGGCUGACAUCCUAGGCAUUAGUCCUUCAAUGUGUAUGCAAAGGAUUUUACUUGAGGAUGGUUGUAAAACAGUGAGGCAUCCCCAAAGGAGGCUUAAUCCUUUGAUUCUCGAUGUUGUGAGGAAAAAGGUAACCAAACUAUUGCAAGUAGGUAUCAUUUAUCCUAUCUCUGACAGUAAAUGGGUAAGCCCUUUCCAGGUUGUACCUAAGAAAUCUGGACUCACAAUGGUCAAAAAUGAAAAAAAUGAACUUGCUCCCACUAGAGUUCAAAAUAGUUGGAGAGUUUGUAUUGAUUACAAGAGAUUGAAUCAGGCUACUAGAAAGGAUCACUUCCCUUUGUCGUUCAUUGACCAAAUGCUUGAAUGGCUAGCUGGUAAAUCACACUAUUGUUUUCUUGAUGGUUUUUCAGGUUACUUUCAGAUUCAUAUUGCACCAGAAGAUCAAGAAAAGACCACUUUUACGUGCCCAUUCGAUACAUUUGCUUACAAGAGGAUGCCUUUUGGUAUUUGCAAUGCUCCUAACACAUUUCAGAGAUGCAUGAUUAGCAUUUUUGCUGAUUUUAUAGAAAAUUGCAAGGAAGUGUUUAUGGAUGAUUUCACUGUUUAUGGUUCUUCAUUUGAUGCAUGUUUGAAUAGUUUAAAUUUAGUUUUAGAGAGAUGCAUCGAAACUGACCUUGUUUUAAAUUAUGAAAAAUGCCAUUUUAUGGUAGAAUAUGGAAUUGUCUUGGGUCACAUGAUUUCUGAAAAAGGAAUUUCAUUAGACCCUGCUAAGGUUGAUGUUAUUUCUACACUGUCUUAUCCAUCUUGCAUUCACGAUAUUCAUUCUUUUCUUGGUCAUGCAGGUUCCAGGGUUGUUGUUUUUACUGACCAUGCAACCUUAAAAUACUUGUUGAAGAAUCCAGAAGCAAAACCGAGAUUUAUUCGGUGGAUGUUGUUGCUCCAAGAGUUUAAUAUGGAGAUUAAAGAUAAAAGUGGAGCUGAGAACUUGGUGGUUGAUCAUUUGAGCAGGAUAAAGGGGGACGAAGAUCAUUUUCCCAUUCAGGAUGACUUUCUUGAUGAGCAGCUUUUACUUUUCCAUGGGGUUACUCUUUCGUUUGUUGAUAUUGUUAAUUAUCUUAUUGCUGGUGUUUUUCCUACAGGUGCAUCUAGGACACAAAUUCAUAAACUCAAAAGUGAUGCCAAACAUUAUGUUUGGGAUGAUCCAUAUCUUUGGAAGUUUGGUAGUGAUCGGGUAUUUAGGAGAUAUGUCCCCGACUAUGAGAUUGAAUCUAUUUUGCAGCUUUCUCAUGCUUCUCAAGUAGGGGGCACUUUGGUCCUUAAAGGACUGCAAGAAAAGUCUUAG